CCGAGUGCUGUUACACAGUGGUUGUGGAGUAUUUUCUUAAUGUUUCCUUCCGCACUACGGUGGUAAAUCCCUUCCAAAUGUUUGCUUAGAUUUUGCUUGGAUUAUUCCUUUUAAUUCCAAAAAUGUCGAAAAUAGUUGCUGGCGCGCCACCUUCUGGUCAGACAGCGAGCGAUGGGAAUCGGAAAAGGGAACUACUGCUGACUGGGCAGGACAGUAGUGAUGUGACCUUUAUUGUGGGUAGCCAGCAUGGAAGCGGCGUGCAGACCUACCGAGCCCACAAGGGGGUUUUGCUGGGUAGCGGAAGCGCGGUUUUUCAGCGCAUGCUGAACGGGGAAACCGGCGUCCAUAAUUUGGUUUUCGAGGUGACGGAUGUGGCACCGGAGGCGUUUCUGAACAUGCUGUGGUUUCUGUACACGGACGGCGUUGAAAAUCUGAACUCUGACACCGCAUUCAGCACUAUGUUAUGCGGUGACAAGUAUGAACUUCCGCUACUGCACGAUUUGUGCUGGGAAUUUAUUAUCGGCAACGUGAACAAAGACAACUGUCUGCUGAUCAUUCAAAAAGCGGAAGAAAUGAACGCGCCGGCGGUUGUGAAGAAAUGUCUGGAAUUGAUCGACACAUGCGGAGCGGAAAUUCUACUGUCCGAUGGUUUUUGGACUGUAAAGCGGACCACCCUGGAAAUGAUUCUCAAGCGGGACACGCUGACAGUCAAUGAAAAGGAUGUUUUUGAAGCCGUAAAAAGGUGGGCGAAACAUGCAUGUGCCGCUGCCGGUCUGGAAGUAUCGGCGAAAACCUGCCGGGAAUUGUUGGGAUCAGCGUUCUUUCUUAUCCAGUUUCCGUUGAUGGCAUACGCGGAAAUUCUUGACGCAUAUCUGUCGGGUUGGUUGAAAGGUCGCGAAGUUGGACAGAUCUGCGCCAGUAAAUACGCCGCCGAUGGCGUCCAACCAUCGAAGCAGUUUGCCGGCACCCGGAAACCUGCCUUACUUCCGGCGCCAGUGCAGCCACAACGCCACCAUCCAGACGAUCAGGGUGAUCGCGCGGAGUCCCAGCCUUCGGCGACUUUUACUAAACAUUAUCGCAAGAAAGUGUCGGCAUACGAUUUGUUCUGCGCGGAGGAACGCAAGCGUAACCGAGCGGCGAAUCCUAAGGGAAGUUGCGCCCCGAAAGAAAUUGCGCGUCGCUGGCAUGCCGCUGACUACGCCACCAAACAGGAGUUUCAACGACUGGCAGAGUUGAAAAAGGCGCAUAUGGUGAAGAGCAAGAGUACUGCCAAAUGGUACAAGUGUUGAUUGCUGCGCAAAAUCCCAGUUUUGCGAAAAUCUGACAGAAAUUUGCGGCUGUUACGUAUUUAGACUAGCAUAUUUUUGCAUUUCCUGAAGCCGGUUCACUGUAAACAUGCGUUUUUGUGUCAUCUUUUUCGACAUUAUGUUACCGCUAAACAUUUCGUCUUGUUUUGGGAAAACAUUAUAUGUUAAGCUCUACUUUGAUAACUGUGUAAAAAGUUAGGUUGUUUUUUGUUGAAUACCACGUUUC